CCGCCCGCUGCCUCCCUCCUGCCCGGUGCCUCCUGCCCUCUGCCCGCUGCCUCCUGCCUGCCUGCUGCCGGGCCCAUGGCGAGCACGUCGGCGGAAAUCAUCGCCUUCCUGCUGACUAUAUCGGGAUGGGUGCUGGUGUCUUCCACGCUGCCCACCGACUACUGGAAAGUGUCCACCAUCGACGGCACGGUCAUCACCACAGCCACUUUCUGGGCCAACCUAUGGAAGACCUGCGUGACCGACUCCACGGGGGUCUCCAACUGCAAGGACUUCCCAUCCAUGCUGGCGCUGGACGGUUACAUCCAAGCCUGUAGAGGACUGAUGAUCUCCGCCGUCUGCCUGGGUUUCUUUGGUGCCGUUUUUGGACUGGUUGGGAUGAAAUGUACAAAAGUCGGAGGCUCCGAUCAGACUAAAGCAAAAAUAGCUUGUUUAGCUGGACUGAUUUUCAUACUCUCUGGGUUGUGCUCAAUGACUAGUUGUUCCCUGUAUGCAAACAGGAUUACGUCUGAGUUCUUUGAUCCUGCUUUUGUUGCACAAAAGUAUGAAUUAGGAGCAGCUUUGUUCAUUGGAUGGGCUGGAGCUUCGCUCUGCAUAAUUGGUGGCAUUAUAUUCUGCUUCUCAGUAGUUGAAAACAGUAAUUCUCCAAGGAGGGGGUAUGCCUAUAAUGGAGCCACAUCUGUGAUGUCUUCUAGGACAAAGGUCCACAACACUGUCCCAGACAAAACCCCACCAAAGCACUUUGACAAGAAUGCUUAUGUUUAAUUGUACUGUUGGAAGAUUCAAACCUUUAAACAUGAGUUUGUAUGUUUCGUGCAGAGUGAUUUCCCUCCCCUCCCCACAACCUCAAUGUAAUUACCAGUAAGACAAUGACUUUUUAAAACACUAACUUGCAGCUUUUUACAUAUUGAUGUAAAUUUUAUUAUGUAAUAUUUUAAGAUUGAUGUUGGUAUUGUGAAGUUUAUACCUGGAAAUCAUGAGCUGAUGUUGCUUUCU